CCGCACCGGCUUGGGGCGUCGAGCGAGAUGGCGGCGCGCAGCCUGGGCAGCGGUGUGGGGCGACUGCUGCGUGGUCUGCACCGGCGCUCCGGACAAUCGGGGUGGUUGCUGAGCGUGUCGCGAUCGACCGCCACUCGGUUCCUAGGCAGCGUUUCCCUCGCAGCGCAGCCAGGCUCAUACCCUGCGUUGAGCGCUCAAGCGGCCCAGGAGCCAGCCGCCUUCUGGGGGCCGCUGGCCCGUGACACACUAGUUUGGGACACCCCCUACCACACUGUCUGGGACUGCGACUUUAGGACGGGCAAGAUCGGCUGGUUCCUGGGAGGCCAGUUGAAUGUGUCUGUCAACUGCCUGGAUCAGCAUGUGCAGAAGUCCCCUGAGGCCGUAGCUUUGAUUUGGGAGAGAGAUGAACCUGGGACUGAAGUGAGGAUCACUUACAGGGAGCUUCUGGAGACCACGUGCCGCCUGGCCAACACACUGAAGAGGCAUGGAGUGCACCGAGGGGACCGUGUGGCCAUAUACAUGCCUGUGUCCCCACUGGCUGUGGCGGCAAUGCUGGCCUGUGCCAGGAUCGGAGCUAUCCACACAGUGGUGUUUGCUGGCUUUAGUGCAGAGUCCUUGGCUGGGAGGAUCAAUGAUGCCAAGUGCAAGGUUGUUAUCACCUUCAACCAAGGACUCCGGGGAGGGCGCGUGGUGGAGCUGAAGAAAAUAGUAGAUGUAGCUGUGAAGAACUGCCCAACGGUCCAGCAUGUCCUGGUGGCCCACAGGACAGAUGCCAAGGUUCACAUGGGGCAUCUGGACAUCCCCCUUGAGCAGGAGAUGGCCAAUGAGGCCCCUGUGUGUGCCCCUGAAAGCAUGAGCAGUGAAGACAUGCUCUUUAUGCUCUACACCUCUGGGAGCACUGGAUCACCCAAGGGACUCGUUCAUACGCAGGCAGGCUAUUUACUGUAUGCUGCCAUGACGCACAAGCUCGUGUUUGACUACCAGCCAGGAGAUGUCUUCGGCUGUGUGGCUGACAUCGGUUGGAUCACAGGACACAGCUAUGUGGUGUAUGGACCCCUCUGCAAUGGAGCUACCACGGUCCUUUUUGAGAGCACCCCAGUUUACCCUGAUGCCGGUCGCUACUGGGAGACAGUGCAGAGGCUAAAGAUCAACCAGUUCUAUGGUGCCCCGACAGCUGUCCGGCUGCUACUGAAGUAUGGGGAUGACUGGGUGAAAAAAUAUGACCGCUCCUCCCUGCGCACGUUGGGGUCAGUGGGAGAGCCUAUCAACCACGAGGCCUGGGAGUGGCUCCACAAUGUCGUGGGUGAUGGCAGAUGCACGCUGGUGGACACUUGGUGGCAGACGGAAACUGGUGGCAUCUGCAUCGCACCACGGCCCUCGGAAGAUGGGGCAGAGAUCCUCCCGGGUAUGGCCAUGAGGCCCUUUUUUGGCAUUGUCCCAGCACUCCUGGAUGAAAAGGGCAAUGUCGUGGAGGGUGGUGACGUCUCUGGGGCCCUGUGCAUUUCCCAAGCUUGGCCAGGCAUGGCAAGGACCAUCUAUGGUGAUCACCAGAGGUUCAUAGAUGCCUACUUCAGAGCAUACCCAGGUUAUUACUUCACUGGAGAUGGAGCUCACCGGACUGAGGGUGGCUAUUACCAGAUCACAGGGCGCAUGGAUGAUGUCAUCAACAUCAGUGGUCACCGCCUGGGGACCGCAGAGAUUGAGGAUGCAAUGGCUGACCACCCUGCUGUUCCAGAAACUGCUGUCAUUGGGUAUCCUCAUGACAUCAAGGGAGAAGCUGCAUUUGCUUUCAUUGUGCUGAAAGAUGACACCAGCGAUACAAACAUGGUAGUAAAUGAACUCAAGUUGGCAGUGGCCACCAAGAUCGCCAAGUAUGCCGUGCCUGACCAGAUCCUGGUGGUGAAGCGUCUCCCCAAAACCAGAUCUGGGAAAGUGAUGAGGAGGCUGUUAAGGAAGAUCAUCACCAGCAAGGGGCAGGAUCUAGGGGACACCACUACCCUGGAGGAUCCCAGUGUCAUCACAGAAAUCUUGAGUGCCUUCCAGAAGCAUGAAGACCAGCAGGCUGCUGCCAAGUGAGGUGUGCCUGCGUCUAUGCUCACACAAGGCUGUGGCUGACCCCUGGCAGUCCUCAGGGGAAGGAACCUUGAAGGUGGUUUGUUUCAUCUGAGCACAUGAUCCAUCUGUGACUCCUCAACUAUCUUAUGUGGGGCCGAAGCCCCCUUUUCCUCCUGGGGCCCAGAGAGCUGCCUCUGGAGGGUGAGGCCUUUGUCCUACAUCUGGUUUCCAGAAUGAAGUUGUAACUGGCGGUGAGCCAGCACAGGGCGGCCAGAGGACUGUUCACCACUUAGCUCUAAAGCUAUCACACUUUCUCCAGAUGUGUCUAGAUACAAAAUACAGAUGUUUUAUUUUUUGUACUUUUCUAUUUGGGGAGAAUAACAGAACACUCAAGUGUAAUGUGAAUGUUAACAUUCUCUCUCUCUCUUUCUCUGAGGAAUUGGGAAAAAUCUCCCUCUGUCUCCCCAGGGAAGCAUGAAGAUAACAGAGUGUACUUUUUAUUAGCAUUUGGUGCGCUUGAGGUCCAAAUCAGAGAUGUUUGUGCCUCUGUCUUACACAUGACUGUCCUGAUCCUGGUAAUCAGAGUAGCCACGUUCACUUCCUGUGUCUGUUUCAUAUUUGGUUCAUUUGGUUUGUGUUAUAGUACAAACUUGGCAAUUCUUAGGGUUUUUGUGUUAGGGAUCACACUCAGGGCCUUCUGCACAUUAGGCAAGUGCUCUACCUCUGAGCUACACACCAGCACCUCUAACUCCCAAGAGACAGGGUGAAUGUUCUCCCCUUCACUUGUAAAAUCAUUUGGGUUUGUUAUCUGCAAAGAGUGUCUUUCCCCGAGGUGCCUCUUAGUAGGAGAUCACCAUUGCUUCAAAUAAAUAUGUGAAGUUGUUCGUGGGAGUCAGUGAAAACUCAGGUGUCUCAUUAAUGUUCUGGGCUCCUGAAGAUUCUGCAUGCCUUUUCUUUUGUAGCUGGGGCAGUAAGAACCACUGUGGUCCAAUGAUGACACUUGGUGUUCCCAAGUAAUCCCUCUCUCAAUGUGCCUUUAGUCCUUUGGACAUUGGUAGGUGAUACAAAUUGUAAUGCCAUGAAAAUCUUAUUUUGUAGCUAUGUGUGGCUAAGCAUGGGAGGCUUGAGAGUGUGGCGGCUCUGUGAGCAGGGCCCCUGGGGUGGAGGAAGGCUAUUCCAUCUGGUCCACAGAACUUCACUAUAUUGGUGUUUCAGGGGUAUCUUAGUUACUGCACACCUACUGUGGAUUUAACCUGUGAUGACUUCUUGGGUAAUGGGGUAAAUAUGCUGAUACUUCCAGGAGGUAGAGUGGUUGUAGUACACAGGAAUAUUGAAUAAUAGUCCUUUGUUACAAUCGGCAAUGAAGAGCCAUGUGUUAGACUUGGUUGACUAUAGUUACUUUGCCCUUUAGGAAAUGGUCUAGAUUUCCAGGUUGUUGAUACAAGCUCUCAGAAUGAUCUAUAGAAAUAGUCAAAUAAAGCUCUAUUUUGUUCACUCUU